AUGCGAAAGGCCAUCUCGCUGCUCCGAAACUAUCUCUACAAACAGGAGAGCUCCAUUCUGAAGUCCUGGUUCAAGCACUUUGACACCAACAUGAACGGCUUCAUCGAGAAGCGGGAGUUUUUGCAAAGCCUCUCCAAAAUGACGGGCGAGGCUCGGGAGAUUUCCGACGAGCUUGAGCUCUUAGACUCGGAGAGCAUCAGCUUACGUGAGAUCCAUGAGGGAAUGGCGAGCCUCUGGAGCCGCUUCAGGAAGUUUUGUGGGACGGCCUUCCUGAGCCCCAAGGAUCUGCUGGCGAAGCUCCAGGGGAUCCGCUUGGAGUCCGAGGAGGAGAAGAGGUCGAACCAGCGAAAGCAGGAUUUGGGCCUCUCCAGCUCCCCGAGCCUGCCACUGAACAUGCGCUUAGCCAGCCAGCCUUUGGUGGUGGACCGGGAUCACUGGGAAGAGCGCUUGCCUCGCUGUGGCUGGGCCGGAGGCAACGAGCGGCUCCUCUUCGAAGCCCUGGACCUUCACGACGAGGGGCUGCUGGGACAAAGGAACUUCUUCUGGCUGGACGCGGAGGUCCGACGCUUCGCCUUGAAAUGUGAGGCAAAGCAGAAGGCUUCCGAAGAUCACAAGGUACGAAUCGCUGCCAGGAAGAAGCGCCAAAAGGCCCUCACGGACUUCAAGGCUUACGUGAAGCGACACUUCGGGGACAGCUAUCACGCCUGGCGUCGGGCACUUGACAUCGAUGGCACCAUGAACCUGCAGAGAGCUGAGCUCUUCAAGGUCUGUCGCCACCUUGGCUGGAAGGGCGAUGUGAAGUUGCUUUGGCAGGCCUUGGACUCGGAUGGGGCGGGCACCUGCUCUUUGCAGGAGCUCGAUGCCCGCUGUGCCCGGCAGCUGGCUCGCUUUCGGCGUUGGGCCGAGGUGAAGUUUGGCAUCCGACCGGCGCAUGCCUUGUGGAAGGCGGUGGACCGACGUAACAAGUACAGGCUUACGCAUGAGAGCUUCCAGAAAGAGUGCCUGAGACUCGAGGCGGACUUCGAGGAGAAGGAGCUGAGCGAACUUACGCGCUGGUUGGAUUGGCAGGAGAAGAAGGCCAUCACCUUGGAAGACCUCCUUUUCAUGGAUCUUUGGAAGCCACCCGCCUACUUGGUGGCUCAACCGAAUCCGGUGGCGGCAGAGGAUAUUCGGCAGAUGUUGAAAGAGAAGUAUGGUCAUCUGCUCCGUGCUUGGCGGCAGGCAAUGGACAAAGACAACUCCAACACCUGCAACUGGUACGAGUUUCUGGCAGCCUCCCGGUCCCUGAACUUCACCGGCGACGUCGCGGGUGCAUGGCUGCAUUUCGACAAGGAUCUCAGUGGAGCGAUCUCCCUCGCAGAGAUCGAUCCCAAGUCCAACGACAUGAUGGUGGAAUUCAAGAAGUGGGCCGACGGCGAGUUCGGCGGAGUUCGUGCAGCGUUUCGCGUGCUGGACAAGGACAAGUCCGAAACGCUGUCCUUUGCGGAGUUCCGAACCUCCGUGGUGAGCUUUGGCUUCACCGGUGAUGAGGUCACCUUGUUCAGGUGUCUGGACAGCGGACAGGGGAAGCUCCACCCACAUGAGGUGCAUUUCCUGGACGACUGGGACACCACCGACCCAGACGCGGCUUCGGAGCCGAGCGUCGACUCGCUACAAACACGGCCUCGCAGCCAAGGGGGUUGGUCUCGAAUGACCAAAAGCGGCAGACCAGGAUCGGUGAUGGAGUCCAUUCUGGAGUUCUACACGGAUGCGCCGGGACCGGGAAGCUACGAGCUGCCUUCGGCUUUUGCAGCGAAGCCGAAGACACCAACUGCCAGGCAUUCUGGCACUUGGAGCUUUUGCAGCCGGCCGGAAGCCGCGUGGCUUCAUCAGCUCAAGUCUGUCGGCCCAGAGGCGGGAGUAUCCCCUGCACAGCCACGGCGGCGCCCACCGUCUUGGACCUUUGCCCGUACCUCACGGAUGGGUUCUGGCAGGGCGCCAUCUCCGGGACCCGGGAGCUAUGAGGUGCCCGUAGUGGAGACUCCGAAGUUCUCGAUGGGCAUCCGGCGGAUGGCCAGGAUGCAUCCCAAGGCGUCGCCGCAGUUGACGUAUCCCGGGAGUCAAGCCAACAAAAAGAUGGUCUACAGCUGCUGA